AUGUAAUGUGUUAGUGUUAGUAUGUGUUAAAAGUCUCUCAACUGCACUAUACAAAAAAAACAUGAAAAAUAAUUUUGGAAAAAAUAUUUUAACCUACUUUAGGGAGUAUUGUGACUGCACCAGCGUUCAUGGUUUUCGAUAUUUGGGUGAAAAAAGGACACUUUUUGAAAAAAUUUGGUGGUUUUUAAUUUUCAGCAUUUGUCUCAGCACUUGCAUAUUUUCAAUUUUCAUGGUUUACAAAAAAUGGGAGCAAAGUCCAGUGAUUGUCAGUUUUGCCAAUCGAGGAACACCAAUAUAUAAAAUACCAUUUCCUGCUGUCACUAUCUGUCCUGAAACCAAAUCAAAUCGUGAGAUUUUCAAUUAUACAAAAACUUUAAAUAAAAAAAUCCAGGGCGGAAAUUUAACCGAAACUGAGAAUUUAUAUUUUGAGUACAUGUUAUUGAUUUGUACUCAGUUUUAUCCAGCUUCUGGCUCGAAUGAAUCGACUUAUGGCGAGGAAUUCUUUGACACGAUUAGUAAAAUUCACCCGAAAUUCAACAUGAGGGGGUGUAAAAAUCAGGGAAAAUCUUACAACUGCACCAACGUUUUUAAACCUAUUUUCACGGAAGAAGGGAUUUGUUUCACUUUUAAUAUGUUGGAUAGGAGCGAAAUUUUCCGUGAAAAUGUAAUACACUACAGAAACUUUCAUCAAUUCAACAAGUCCAGGUCUUGGAGUGUUGAAUCUGGUUAUAGUCACGAUGCCGGCUUGUGGACUUACCCCCAACGGGCCUUACUAGCCGGUGCCAAAAACGGCUUCACAAUCCAACUCCUCACGUCCAAAUCCGAUUUGGACUUCUUGUGUAGAAUGGGUCCUCAAGGCUUCAAAGUCCUAAUCCACUCCCCUGCAAGUUUUCCCACCCCUUCCCAGGAGUACUUUCGAGUCCCUUUAGACCAAACAAUAAUCGCAGAAGUCCAACCAACAAUGAUCAACACUUCGGACUCAGUCAGGGCUUACAGUAAAGAUCGCAGACGUUGCUACUUCCAAACUGAACGCUAUUUGCAAUAUUUCAAAAUUUACAAUAAAGUCAAUUGCGAAAUUGAGUGUUUGGCAAAUUUCACAUUGGAUAUGUGUGGUUGUGUGAAUUUUUUCAUGCCGAGGGACAACUCAACGAAUGUUUGUGGUGCGACGAAUUUAUCCUGCAUGAAUGAGGCUGAAAGUAAUUCGUUUAUUAAAUUGUCUGCUUACUGGCAUUUAGAAAAUGGCUAUAUACCAAACGCUGGACUCUCCCCAUACCCCCUUCGGGCCUAUUUAUCUGGGGUUUUGUGGGGCCUAAGUUUCAAAAUUGUCACCCCUAAACAAGACCUCGACUACGCCUGUAAAAAUUCCCUCCAAGGCUACAAAGUCCUUCUCCACACCCCCAUGACCAUCCCUCGUCCCAACCAAAAAUAUUUCAGGAUUCCCCUUGACCAAAGUGUCGUAGGGGCUGUGCAACCCGUCAUGAUUACAACCUCUGAAACCAUCAAAGCCUACAACCCCCAAAGACGCAAGUGCUAUUUCGCUGCUGAAAGAAAACUGCAAUUUUUUCAGGACUAUUCAGCGUCCAAUUGCAAACUCGAGUGUUUGGCGAAUUGGACGUCUGACCUUUGCGAUUGCGUUAAUUUUUUCAUGCCGAGGGAUAAUGAAACUGAAAUUUGUGGUAUCGGCAGUUUGGAGUCACUUAUGCAUAUGGUAGAUUUGUCGAUAAAAAUUGAAAAACCGAGUGAUAAGGGUGUGAAAAAUUUUGAUUGUGAUUGUUUGCCAAUUUGUUCGGAUUUGACUUAUGAAGUUGAAACGUCUCAAACGAAUUGGGAGUGGGAUAAAUGGUUGAAAGCUCAUAGAAAUUUGCCUCGGAUUAACAAUUCACAUUUUUCGGCUCUAACUUUGUUUUUCAAGUCCGAUAAUUUUAUUACAUCGGAAAGAAACGAAUUGUAUGGACCGACAGAUUUUUUGGCCAAUUUCGGAGGACUUUUGGGGCUGUUUACAGGAUUUUCCGUUUUGUCUUUAAUGGAAAUCUUCUAUCACACACACGCGAAAAUAAAUGUCCUUGUAAAUCCACUCGGACUGCACAAUGUUGCAAUGAUUCGCCCAGAAAUGACCGUAGAGAAGGAACAAAAUCAGCAAAGUCACAUUUUUAAAUAUUUUAAAGAAUACAACGAUGUCACGGGCAUACAUGGCCUCAGAUACAUCACUGAAAGAAGAUCAACAUUUGAAAAAAUAUUUUGGACUAAUAUUGUGUUAGUGUCAUUAGCGUGUUGCUUGUAUAUGAUUUAUGAAAUUUUGCAAAAAUAUCAAACGAGUCCCGUCGUUGUGAAUUUUUCAACGAUAGAUACCCCUGUUUAUGAAUUUCCAUUUCCUUCGGUCACGAUUUGCCCAGAGUCGAAAUACUCAUCGAAAAAAUUCAACUUCACUCAAAUUUAUUUCCAAGUGACGGAAAACAACAAAACUAUUAAUUACGACAAGACCGAGCUCCUUUACUUCAACUACGUUAAUUUGUUGUGCGACAAAAAUUUUAUUAUAAAUAAUGGCGAAAACUUACUAGACGACGGUUUUUAUCAACAUAUCCAAAAGUUGGCUCCUGAAAUCGAAAUGGACUGUGAAUUUAUGGGAGUCACAUACGAUUGUAAAAAUAUUUUUACCCCGGUUAUAACCGAUCAAGGGAUUUGCUAUUCUUUCAAUAUUUUAGAUCGUGAACGCAUUUUCACAAAUCACGUGGUCCAACAUGACGAUUUCUAUCAAGUUUUAAACGAUUCGAAAAAUUUUAAUACAGAUUCUGGCUACGAUCCUGAAUCUGGCAUAAACACUUAUCCCCGAAGAGCACUAAUGUCAGGUGCUCUCAACUCACUUGAUGUUUAUUUAAAGACUAACAGCAACGAUACCGACUAUAUUUGCAGUGCUUUCAUGCAAGGAUUUCGAAUUUUGAUCCAUAAUCCGUGGGAUGUUCCUCGCCUAACGCAGAAUUAUUUUCGCGUCCCCAUUGAUAAAAUUGUAACAGCAGCAAUUAAUCCGGAAUUAAUUUUAACUUCAGAAGCUGUUCAAAAAUUUUCGCCUGAAACUCGACAAUGUUAUUUGAGCAAUGAAAGGUCAUUGCGACAUUUCAAAGUUUAUACACAAUCAAACUGUCUUUUGGAAUGCUUGACAAACUAUACACUGCAAAAGUGCGGUUGUGUUAAUUAUUUUAUGCCAAGAGAUAAUUUGACACGUAUUUGCGGCAGCGGAAACGUUGAUUGCAUGGAGGAGGCCGAAAACGAAUUGAAAGUCAAAAAUUUUGGGGAUCGAAUAUCGGAAAAAACGUUGUGUGAUUGCAAACCCCCUUGUACGUCCCUGAUGUACGGAGUCGAAACGUCUCACAGUGAUUUUUAUUGGAGGGAAUAUUUCAAAAUUCGGAAAAGGCACAACUUGAAAAUUGACUGGGAGGACGCAAAAGACGAGGAUCACUGGUCGAUUGUGUCAAUUUUCUUCAAAGCUGAACAAUUUAAGACUUUGGAAAGGAAUGAACUGUAUGGAGUUUGCGAUUUGAUAGCGAAUCUUGGGGGGCUGCUGGGAUUAUUUACCGGAUUUUCGUUGAUUACAUUAGUGGAGAUAAUUUAUUUUUUGACUUUGCGAAUUUGGUGUAACUAUAAAUUGUUUGGGCAUUGGUCGGGAGGCCAAAAUUAAUAAAAAACGAAUUUUUACAUAUCA